AUGGAUUCUUUCAAAUUAUUGCAUUUCAAACUCUCAGCGGAAGACUUUGAACCUAUUAGUCCCAUAAAUUGCCAGCCAUUCGUAUGGGACACAGAAACUGAUGAAGCCCACCAAAUGCCCGAAGUUGAAAAAUGGUUUAAGAAAGCAUUAAACCUACCAGGAGGUUUUCAUGUGAAAGAUGUCCAUACACAAAUUAAAGAACGACAUUUAAUAAGUUCCAAUAUUACUUUAAGGGGCGGUACCGAUAUUUCCAUUAAAAUAAGUGCUAACGACUGUGUUUGGAUUGAAACCAAGAAAAAAAUGGAGGAUUUUAAAGAGGGUCAAGCUAUCGGAAAAUUAUUCAUAGUUGAUAAUAUAUCUGUUACAAAAUCUAUGUAUGUCUUAACUGAUUGCAAUGACAAUUGGAUUAUUUACUUUUUUAUGAAGACAGAGAACCACCAAUAUUUAGCAUCAUCUAAAAUUAAUGAUCGCAGCAUUACUUUGGCAAUAAUUAGAGAGUUUGCACUUGAUGAAGGGAAAUUUAUUCAUAGUGAAAUAGGAAGACUUGUUACAUAUGAAGCAAAUUUACCCGAACCACUUAAAAGGAAAGCAAUAAUGGAUGAACCUAUACCCGUAGAGGUUGAUGACAGAAUGGCAGACCUAAUCGAUGAUAUGACCGAAAAAGAAUUAUUUAACAUGUCGAUGCGCAAAAGAUUGAGAUUGGCAAAAAGUUUUGUUAAAAGAGAAGAACAUCCAAUUAUAGAUGAGUAUAUUAGGCAGUUUAGUGAUGAUUAUGAUCCACCCCACCAUUGA